UGUAUGUUUCAAUCAAGUCAAAUAUUAUUUUCCUGUCAAUAAACUGAUUAACCUACAUGUUCUGCAAUAACAUUAUUUGAUAAAUAAUUUCAAUAUAAUAAUUGACCUUGAAUAAUUUCGUAUCAAAUACUUAUUAACCGUCUAAUAACGUGUGUCAACUACAUCAGAAAAUACAAUAUUAUAAUUGAAUAAUUCUGAAUAAAAAUAAAUUAGUAGAAUGCAGAAUUUUAGACCGGAUUCAGCUAGGAAAAGAAGUGAUGUGGGCCUACCUGCUAUAAAUAUGGAGAAACAGCUUCACAGAAUGGUAGCUUUCAUUGAAAUGGACGGAGCUGAUAAGGCGAGAGACAUUGAUGAGCGGGCAGAAGAAGAAUAUAAUUUGAUAAAAGGCAAUCUACUUUACAACGGGAGACGUGAACUGCAGGAAAGCUUUAAUAAACGGAAUAAAACUGCCGAGAAAAACGUCACCCAAUUGGAAUCAAUCAUUAUAACAAAAGCGAAAAUGGUGGUGCAAACGGCGAGACAAAAUUUCAUAUCUGAAGUGACUACUGAUAUCCACCAAAGCUUGGAAAACUGUGUAACUGAAGAUGGCUAUGCCAGCGUUCUAAAGAGUCUCAUAAUUCAAGCUCUUUGCAUGUUGCAAGAGGCAGACGUGAUAGUGCAAGUGAGAGAGCAGGACAGAGAUAUCGUAAAAUCAGCCACCAAUGAAAUGAUGGACAGGUACAAGUCUAUCACCGGACAGGACUGCAACAUCACUUUGUCCAAAAAGAAUUUGCCCGGGAAAAGUAUUGGAGGCACUGUUGUCUACAACAAACGCUGUACACUAAAGGUAGACAACACACUUUACGACAGGUUGAGAAUAGUUCUGGAACAAUCGUUGCCAAUGUUCAGGGAGUUAUUAUUCAACGAGCCACGAAGAAGGGCUGACUCUUCAUCCAAAAAGAAUACUCCCAAAGCAACAAACAAACCAACAAACAAAUUACGUUUUCAAUAGAAAUAUGGAAUAUCAUCAAGCUAUUGACGGAAUUUCCAGAGUUAUGAGUUGAAACAAAGGCUGUGAAUAUUGCGUCCAUUUAAUCGUUUGAUGAGUUUUGUGUUCAGUUACAUUAGAUUCGAUAUGUUGGUGGUAAAAAUAGUUUAGAAUGUUCCAAAUAUUUAAGAAUAAUUCAAAUUAAUAUAAUUUAUGUUGGAACUUUAUUGCGUUGUCAAUAUAAAAUGUGAAUUUCAUCCUGUUAUUAAAGGAAUAUCCAGUGUAAUGAGUUGAAACAAAGGCUGUGAAUAUUUCGUUCAUUUAAUUGUUUAAUGAGUUUUGUGUUCAGUUACAUUAGAUCCGAUAUGUUGGUGGUAAAAAUAGUUUAGAAUGUUCCAAAUAUUUAAGAAUAAUUCAAAUUAAUAUAUUUUAUGUUGGAACUUUAUUGCGUUGUCAAUAAGAAAUGUGAAUUUAAUCCAGCUAUUGAAGGAAUAUUACGAGUUAUGAGUUGAAGCAAAGGCUGUGAAUAUUGCGUUCAUUUCAUCUUUUGUUAGGUUUUGUAUUCAGUUACAUUAGAUUCGAUAUUUUGGUGGUAUAAGUAGUUUAGAAUGCUCGAAAUAUUAAAGAAUAAUUCAAAUUAAUAUAUUUUAUGUUGGAAGUUUAUUGCGUUGUCAAUAAAAAAUUUAAAUUUCAUCCAGAUAUUAAAGGGAUAUAUCCAGAGUUAUGAAUUGAAGCAGAUAGGAUGUGAACAUUGCGUUCAUUUAAUCGUUUAAUGGGUUUUUUGUUCAGUUAGGCUACAUUAGAUUCGAUAAGUUGGUGGCAAAAAUAGUUUAGAAUGUUCACAAUAUUCAAGAAUAAUUCAAAUUAACAUAUUUUAUGUUGGUAGUUUAUUGCGUUAUCAAUAAAAAAUGUGAAUUUCA